AUGGGCGAAGGCCUAGUAGGGGUGGCUGGUGACGAGACAAUGAACGGACCGUUUGUGGACUAUCCGUCGAAGUCUCUGGCGCCGCGCCUGGCAGCCACCCCGAGAUAUCCUCUUGAGGAGCUCCUAUCGUCAACGACAUCAUCAUCAGGUGAUGCGUUCACGUGUCAUUCUCCCAACGAUAUUGGUAAGUCCUCUUCCACUACUGUUAGCGAGUGCCCUAUGAGCCCAUUGGACUCCUAUCCCAGCUUUGACGUGUUCUACACUGAGUGGGUGCAGAAGCUGAUAGAGGAGGAAAGCGACGAUGAUCAUAUGAAUGUCAGCGACAUUAGCAUGGCCCUCGAACCAGAUCAAAUGGUAGAGCAUUCUGGAGCCGCUUCUGAGUUCUUUCCCGCGCUUUCGACCGUGUAUGCGACACUCCAACCUGUUGGCAUUUGGGUGGGCCUCAACUACCUCGCUUCCAAGAUUGGGUAUGCCUCUGGUGGUUGGGAAAUUAUUUGGACACUCGCUGACAUAGGCUGGAUCGAGCUCAGUGACUGCGGCCUUUAUUGCCGUUUAGCGGACUCCUGGGGCGGCGCUUCAUGUGAUGAGCAAACUGUUGUAUCCCAUGAAUGCGAAGAUAUGCCGCCCCACGGUGUAUACAGGGGCGCCCUCGAGUUCGACAAGGACUGGAGGCAGCAGCAGUUUGGUGAUGGUGGUGGUGGAGGAGGAGGACUCGAAAGUCCAAUCGUGGAAGCAGUGGAACUCAGCCACAGUACCGAGGGACUUUGGCGACUCGCCGACGGUGCUGAUCGGACUACCUCAGCAGCUACCAUUUUAGGUCGUGUGGAACUAGGAUUGCUAGCGUUCAUAUUCUGCCUUGUCGCCACCGAUAUCUCCUAUACCAUUCAUGAGCUCCUCUUCAAGCAGCCAUCGACCCCCGAGAUGGGCCUCCAGCUCAUUUCAAAGUGCUUGAACGCCGCGUACUGGUUCAUCUGCGUCGACACCAUAUUCGUUAUCCUUGACAUUGGCUUCAUCGUAUCAAUGGGCGGAAUGAUUACCCGUUCGCGUGGUGGGACUACUAGUAAGGCUGAUGGUAGGCACGUGGGCAAUAUGAAUAAGGCAAAGCGUGGUAGGCAUCCGCUGGCCCUUAACCGUACAAGGAAAGAGGUGGAUCCUCUCGAAAGAAAACCAAUUCGUUGUAUGCCACGUAAGAAAAAGACUUGUCGCCGCUGUCGUCGAAGCUGCAUAAACUGCCGCUUUGAUGAGAUAUGCGAAUAUAUGGAACCUCGAGGAGCUUGGGUGUCGGUUCGCUGGAUUAGAGGUCGCCUAGACUCAAUGGGCCGCAAAGCUCUUGACCACAUGCUCACAGUUGGCUGGCUAGAAGGAACUCCUUGUGGAAGAUACUGUAGAGCUUAUCCAAAACGCAGAAGCCCUCCAGAACGAGAGAGUCGUUCAGCGGCGACAGAUGAUGUCCCUGCAUUCAACAUCGGCAGGGACGACGCUGAAUGUCAAAUCGAUGAGUGGGAUAUCGAUUCUUGUGAAGAACUCCUGCACGAGGAUGCGCCACCGAUUCAAGAUGAUGACCGUACACCUUCCGUAAAGGCGGAGGAGUGCUCUUCUGAGUGUAGCUGGGAGUUGUGUGAAUCCUCUUAUUCAAUGUAA